AUGGCGUUUAGGAAUCUUCUUUUCGUGAAUAAGUUGGUUAGUGUCCAUAAUCCAUCACUUAGAAGCCUAUAUUCGUCAAUACCGUUGCUAAAAGAUUACUACAGUAUAUUAGGCGUCAGUAAAACUGCUAGUCAAUCAGAGAUUAAAAAGGCCUAUUAUCAAUUAGCAAAAAAAUAUCACCCAGAUGUCAACAAGAAUGACAAGACUGCAGCACAGAAGUUUCAAGAAGUCAGCGAGGCAUAUGAGGUGCUGGGAGAUGAAAAUAAACGCAGUCAAUAUGAUAGGUUCGGAUCGUCUUCAACGCAGAACAAUUUCGGAGGUGGACAGUCACAAGGAUUUGAGUUUCACUCUAAUAUAAACCCAGAAGAGCUGUUUCGACGGAUUUUCCGUGAUAGUGAUUUCGCUUUUAAAGAAUGGUCUUCCAGUGAUAGAGGUUUUGCAGAAUCAAUAUUUGGAUCGGAGGCAACUAAAGAAAUACCUGUCAAUCUGACGUUUGAGCAGGCUGCCAGAGGUGUAAAUAAGGAAGUUAGUGUUAAUAUGUGUAUCCAUUCCGCGGGCGUAGAAGACGGUCAGGUCAUACGAGUAUCUGUCGGUAAAGAUGGUUCCCAUACUCAAGAAAUAUUUCUACAAAUUCGUGUAGAAAAAAGCCGUCAAUUUCGACGAGAAGGUGCAGACAUACAUUCAGACAUUGUUGUCUCACUUGCACAAGCUGCACUUGGUGGAAAAAUGCGUGUUCAAGGCAUUUACGAAAGCAUACUAGUCAACAUCCCAGCUGGGUCUUGUAGCAACGAUAGAAUACGAUUACCUGGCAAAGGUAUUAGUCGAAUAAACGGUUAUGGAUAUGGUGAUCAUUAUGUUCACAUUCAUAUUAAACCGCCUAAACGAUUGAGUGAAUUACAACGAGCUCUACUCCUUGCCUAUGCUGAAACGGAAACUGAUGUGACUGGUUCAGUCGAAGGCGUCACUUCAACUGAUAAACGUCUUCGUCAACUGUAUGAAAAUUUACGUGAUACAUUUGGUCGAAAUAUGGAUACUGAAUCAAAAGCGACAUCGUCUUCUUCUUCUUCUUCUUCUAAUUCAUAUUCGGACAAUCAUCAUCGUCAGACUGAAAGUAGGGAAGAAAUGAUGGAAACAUCCAGUAUUUUCAGUCGAAUAACUGAUGGUGUUAAACAGUUGUAUGAUACAGCUAUUAAAACUUUCAAGAAAUAG